AUGACUAGUGCAAUUUUGGACAUUGCGAAGACACUAACGUCGAAUAGUCACAGCUGUCCAUCCCGCCUAGCCUGCUGGGCCAGCCGAUUUUCCAACCGCGAGAACCUGGAAAUUUGGCAGCAAAUGAUCAGUAACCCACUUCUGGGGACAAUAUUGAACUCGACCGCCGUAGAGGAAGCCUUCAGGGCCGGAAGGAACGGAGUCGACUGCGAAUCGUUCGCACCCUGCCCCUUCGAUGAGGAACAACGCGCGAACCUCGCUGAAUUCAUCAUGUUCCAUAAAGCC